UGCAAUGCGAGUAUUGGAUUUUUCGGUUCAUUUAGGCGUAUAGUAAAUGCAAAUGUCGGUAAUACUUUACAAUACAAUCUGGUACUUCGAUUGCCGCUUUACCGAUUAAGACUAUGCUUACCUUAUAGAAGAUCUCGUAACAAACAACAUUUUUCGACCUAAUGCCGUUUUCCAGGACUUUUCACCCUCUGAAAUUCACCAAUUUCCACAACAAAACAACGGUUGCCAUGACGAUUCAGCUCUUUGCGCCGGUCGAAAUUUUUCGCGUAGUUGCCAGUACUAUGUUAGCACUUUCUUAACAUUACCACUUCCUUAACGUUUUCAUGUACAUAAAUCAUUUGAAAUAAAAUAGAUAAUAAUUAGUAAUACCCAGAUCAUAGAUUUUCACUACUUUUCCGAUUCUCAUCAUAAUUUCAAUUAACCCAUUAAGAUCUCAAACGCGUUCAUAGACAUCCAUAGAGAAACCGAAGCUGAAAAUACUUUAUUGAGAAAAUAGCCGAUUAUUUUAUUUUCUUUGCGUGCAUACCUAAUUAAUUUGAUAUUUCAAACCUCCACAAAGUUUUGAACCUUGAAUGAAUUACUUUUUUGUUUUCAUUGGGAUUUUCUACUUUGGUGGCAGUUCGGCAACAUGGCUGACCAGUAUGCCAUUUCCGGCUGCGCGUGUCGUGCGUACGGGAUGUGCGCGUUCCAGAGCAGACUGGAUCUUGGAAGAUUACCCAAAUGUCUGCAAAACUUUUGAACCAAUACUUUUAUAUAAUUAAAAUUUUAAGCCAGCGUAUGUUUUCUUCAGUAAUUUGAUUAGCACGAUAAAUGGCUAAAAACGAUCGUUGCACUCAGAUGAAAUGGAAUAUUAAUUCCGGUAAACCGGAGAGAAUUUCACACGUUUUAACAGCUUUUCCCUGGAAAGUAGAAACAAUGUCGAUUGCAAAGUUGCGCAAAAUGCACCGCUGACGGUUAAGAGCCCUACGUUUUUAUUCUCUGGUCAGUGAAGACAAUCGCACAGUACUGACGAUGCCGUUCAAUUCAUGGAAAUUCCUCACUCACCUGAAAGAGACGCUUUCCAAGCUAGUAGGGGACAAGCAGCUGCAUACUUGGGACAUUGUCCAGCUCCUAAGCAGAAUACCCCAGUCCCAGGACAUAGGCGAAUAUCUCAGAUCAACUGAGAAGCGAUUGGUGUCCGUGCAGCUAUCAGUGCAGCAGUUCUAUAACUCGGCUGUAACAGCGACUCCCAAGUUUAAGGGUGGAGACAGAACAACUCCGGGAACAGAUGAAACUGUUUCAUGGAAGAAGAUCAGAAGAAUCUCGCGCACGCAACAUUCGCUGGAGAAUUCCAGCGCAGCCCACAUCCUGGAUACCAUUCAAAAAGCCCCAGGCGAAGAACUGCUUUUAUUGGGUGUGGAGUCGCUGAUUUCCUGUCUGAAACAACAUCCAGAAGUUCGCAGCAAUGCCAUCAAGACUGGGGCAGUGAGAAUAUUGUUGAACGCCCGGCGAAAAGCUGACUCAGAAAGUGCGAAGGGGGCCUUAAGAGAAGCUCUUGCCCUCUUGGGACAUCCAGACCCAGUGGCAGGACGAGGAAUACGAAUUCUUUCCAUUGACGGCGGGGGCAUUCGAGGUGUUCUUGUUCUGGAAAUGCUGAAGAAACUGGAGGAAUUGACGGGAAAAAAACCACAUGAGAUGUUCGACUUUUUCUGCGGAGUGAGCACUGGGGCAGUCCUGAGCUACUCAAUUGGCGUCCAUUUAAGAAGCUUGGAUGAGAUAAUGGCACGAUACGAAGCCUUGUGUCAGGAAAUUUUCAACCAAUCCCGCAUCAUGGGAACGGGAAAACUGGUCUGGAGGCACGCCUACUACGACACAGCGCUGUGGGAGGAAAAGCUGAAGGACUAUGUGGGCAGCAGUAGUCUCAUAGCUACAUCCAGAGACUCCCACUGUCCGAAAAUUUGCGUCGUAUCGGCUGUGGUUAAUCAGGCUCAAGUAUCCCCCUACGUUUUCCGCAACUACUCCCUUCCGUGGAGGUUCCAGUCGGAGUACGAGGGCACGCACACUGCGCAGAUAUGGGAGGCUGUGCGAGCUUCAGCUGCCGCUCCCACCUACUUUGAGGAGUUCAGGAUCAGGGACUUGAUCCAUCAGGACGGUGGAAUCGUGGCCAACAAUCCAACAGCAAUCGCUCUACACGAGGCGAAAUUGUUGUGGCCCGACACCCCGAUCCAGUGCGUGGUUUCUUUUGGUACUGGCCGAUCGGUACCCAGUCCCUCUGGCCGAAAGUGUUCACCUGGAAGCCCGAAAGCUGGUAGCGAAGGCACUUCUUGGACCAACAAGUUCUUGAAGAUUCUGGACAGUGCUACAGAUACUCAAGCUGUUCAUAUAAUGUUGAGCGAUCUUCUUCCUCAAGAGGUUUAUUUCCGCUUCAACCCCUACUUGACUGAACUGGUAGGAAUGGUGGAAACGGACCAGGAGAAACACACGCAGAUGAGGCGGGACACCCUGAUGUACUUAAGACGCAAUGAGGACAAGUUCAAGCAAGCCGCCAAGACUCUGAUGCUUGAAAAGACCGUUUUCCAAAAGCUGAAAGAUCAGGCAAACGUUCACAGGGAAUUGCGAUACGUUUGAUGUCCAGUUGCUGCUGCCGUUUCAAUUUUGUCAAGAAAUGUCCACUUUUGCCUGAGUUGUUUGCUAUUAUUUUAUCAAACUAGGCUUGAUAUAAGCGAAAAACGCAUUAACGGUUUUAUGUGGACGUUUUGAGAAGAAAGCGGCGGAAAUUGUGCUGAAGGGUCAGAACCAGUUAGAUUGGUAAGUUCAAGCUUUUUCUCCAUUUAACUUACAAUUCGCCUCUCUUCACAAAUGCUAGAUUUGGGCCUACUAAGGCGUAUUUUAUCGUAUUUAUUCACGACUUUGCCAGUGUCCAGUUAAAUGUAAUGAUUGUAUGUACAAUGGGUCAAAAUAGAGUACGGUGGUGCAAUGUUUUGACUA